UUUCAAGCAGUGCGACGGACAGCACCAGUAAAAGAAAAUGACAGUAUAUCGCAGGAGGACUGGGAUAUUUGUUGCCGCACUCGUUGUAUUCGCAUCGACUGCAGCGGCUGAGGUUUGGAUCAACCACAAGUCGUGCGGAAUUCCUAGCUUGAACGUGAGGAUCAUCAACGGCUUGGCGGCUGCAAAAGAUAAUUUUCCUUGGGUGGUAUUCCUCUACGUGAAGUACCUGGCCUCACUAACGAGGUGCGCCGGCUCCAUCAUUACUUCUCGCCACGUGGUCACCGCUGGUCACUGCACCAUGCUGAACGAGAGAAGUGAAGCCAUAAGGAUAACCAUGUACUACGGACACAACGACUUCCAACGAGGCAGAAGGGUCCGUGUCGCGGGAUACCUGCGCCACGAAAGCUUCGUGGGGGACACUUUCUACUCCGACGUGGCUGUCUUGUACCUUUCCGAGCCAAUUCAGUUUAGCCCAGCGCCCGCACCAUCUGCCUGCCUUCGCCGCAGCCACCAAGUCCUGGGACAACCUCUGUGGUGGCAGGAUGGGGUGUCCAAACAGAAGGAGGAAGAGGCUCUCCCGUGCUUAUGUACACGACACAAAUAAUUCUGGAGUCGUCCGAUUGUCGGCGUCGUCUACCAGGCAUCAGCUACUUUCCCGAAGUCAUGUUGUGCGCUUACAGAAAAGGUUCCGAUGCUUGCCAGGGUGACUCGGGCGGUCCACUGAUGAUCGAGAGGCACCCGGGUGUCUUCGAGCUCGCUGGUCUUGUGUCAUUUGGAGACGGCUGCAAUGUAGAAGGUAGGCCGGGAGUCUACACAAACAUUAGUUACUUCGUGCCGUGGAUAAAGAGAGCUGUGGCUACCAAACCCGAGCAGUAUGUUCAACUACAAUGAAUCAUUCAUCAGCUUCUCACGAAUGCAAGCAAUGGCAGCAUUUCAGGACGUACAUUUGUGUGUAAACCCCAGAAACUGUAUCCGUAAAUACUCUGUCAUACGCAAAGUUUCUCAUACUUCCAGAAUGUUCAGGUGACAACAAAUGACCAAUAAAGUUUGUUUUUGUACAAUCCUC